GGAGGAUGGUGGUGGCGGGGAUGAUGGUGGUGGCGGGAAUGGGGUUGACAACAAGGGGUGGCUGCGUGGUAACGCAAAGCUACCGAAGCAGGUUCCUACUACUGAGGAGCAGAAGUGGCUCAUUGAGCCCACGGGGAGAGACAACUGGAUAUAUUCUAAAGGGGCCCGUAUUCCCAAUGGCCUCAUCACCGUCUUGCUGAAGUUAUACUGGCCGGGGUUGUACUAUCCGGAUCCAGUUAGGCACCCGGACCGUCGGGUUUUGGCCACGGGCUGGGACCACUGGGAAGCGGCCCUCCACACGGACCAUGAGACCCAUGCCAAGGCUGUGAUCACUACUUUCUGGGUGAGUUCUCUUCAGAAGCACAAGUCCAUUCUAGUUUCAUGAAUGAUUUAACUCAUGGCUUCUCCCAUUCUUGUUUCAUGCAUGAUUGUAGAAAUUCUAUCGAGUUCUUCCGGAGCACAGGGCUAGAGCGGACCAGAUCGUGCUGCGCCAAUGCAAGAAGAAGGCCCGCUAGAUGUAGUACGAGGUGUGCUAUGUGGCCAUCUCGACAUACUACCACGACUAUCUUAGUGUGAAUAUGACCAAGGAAGAAGCGCGGAGGAUGGGCAUUACCUUGGAGAGGGACGAGUUCUUGGCGGUGUGUCCAAAUUGGUGUUAUGGAAAAGACGAGUCCUGGGCGGCAUUGGUGGAUCUUUGGUGUGAUGAGGCUGGAGCCUGGGCGGCUAUGAGAAUCAAAAACAAGGCUAACCGAGGGAAGGAGGGAGUACAUGCUCAGGGAAACCGAAACCACCAUCUCCACAAGGCAGUUAAUGAGGAGAAACUGAAGCGGCCGCUCUCACACAUGCAGGCGUGGGAGAUCGCCCAUACGCGGAAGGACUCCAAGCCUGGCGAGCCCAAGUACUACAGCAAGAAGACUGCGGGGAGGAAGAAGGCCUACUCCGAAGGGCAUCUGAAGUUACAUCCUGACAAACUUGACCCCAUUGCGGCUGAUCUGUACGAUAGGGUGGUGGUGGGCAUGGGGCCGAAGGAGCACGGUUGGGCGGCGGUUCUCGAUGCUGUGAUCACUCCUACUAUCUCCUACACACAGCUCCGUCGGAUCGACCCGAGCCUUAGCCAGCGCACGAGCACGCCAGUGACCAGUGCACAGUCACAGUUCCUCUUUUAGGAGCGGCAAUCUGCCUACCUGGAGUAUACACGCCAGGAGACCAUGGCGUGGCAUGAGAGGCUUUAUGCAUACCAUGAGCAGAGGGAUCGCCAGAUGCAGCACGCUUUUCAGGAAAUGGCGGCCGGCAGGUGUCCUCAGUUGCAACCAGCACAA